GGGCGAAGGCGCGAGAGCGCGAGUGCGCGUGCGCGAGCGGUGGGGCUUUCUCCGGAGCCGUCGGAGGGAGCGGGAGCGCUUCUCCGGAGAUUGCUUGGCUGUGGUCCAGCAUGCAGAAGUGAGUGUGGGGUGAAAAGCAGCGGAUCUGAUGGGUUGCGAGGAUGUAAGAGCGUUUGAAGGCUUCCACACCCUCUCCUCCAGGAAUCAUGAAUAAACUGGAGGACCAGCAGGACCAGAUGAUACCAUGAAGAGAAGUUUACAGGCCCUCUAUUGCCAACUGUUAAGCUUCCUCCUGACCUUGGCACUGACCAAAGCACUGGUACUCGCCGUCCAGGAACCAUCUCCCAGGGAAUCUUUGCAGACCCUUCCCUCAGGCAGCCCCCCAGGCACCAUGGUGACAGCACCUCACAGCUCUACCAGACUCUCCUCCGUGGUGACACUGAACCCCAAACCUGAUGGACGCACCUCGCAGGCUGCAGCUACUAUGGAAACAACAGUAUCUCAUCCAGAAAGGCAGCCUCCUACAGACACCACAUCCACUGUUGUGACAGCUGCCAUCCCCCAUCCUGAAAGCCCUCUGCCCACAGGUUCCCCUUCAGCUGCCAUGGCAACCACAUCCUCCCACUCAGAGGGCCGCCCCCCAGGGGACGCUGCCCCCACCGUCCUGCCAACAAAGCCAGCAGGAACCACCAACCGCCCCACAGUGUCCCCACGGGCCACCACUCGUAGGCCCCCCAGACCCCCAGGCUCUUCCAGGAAGGGGGCUGGUGGUUCAUCUCGUCCUCUCCUACCUGUACCCAGUGGCCACUCAGCAAGGAAGGAAGGCCAGAGGGGCCGAAAUCAGAGCUCAACAUACCCGGGGCAGAAGCGUCCUCUGGGGAAAAUAUUCCAGAUCUACAAGGGUAACUUUUCGGGGUCUGUGGAGCCAGACCCCUCUGCUCUUACCACCAGGACCCCACUCUGGGGCUACUCCUCUUCACCGCAGCCCCAGACCGUGUCUCCAGCCACAGCACCCAGAAGCACCUUGUGGGUUCCUCCCACAGCCCUGGUGCCUGUGAAGGACAAGCCAGGCCUUAUCAGAGCCAACCAGGGGAGUGGCCCCACACCUACCAGCCCAGCAGGGGAACCGGAUGCCACAGCAGCCUCAGGUGUCCCUGCCAGUACACAGCCUGCCUCAGUGCCUUCUCAGCGCCCUCAUGGUGACAUGCACGACAGCCCUAGCCACAGUGACUCUUGGCUUGCUGUCACCCCUGACACUGACAGACCCCUGUCUGCCAGCUCUGGGGUCUUCACGGCUGCCACAGGGCCCACCCAGGCUGCCUUUGAUGUCAGUGUCUCAGUCCCUUCCCAGGGCAUCCCUCAGGGAGCAUCAGCAACCCCUCAGGCCCCAACUUGGCCCUCUGGGGUCUCAGAAAGCACUGUUUCUCCAGGUGAGGAGAAGGCUGAGGCCUCCCCCACAACAACCGACCGGGGGCCAAGACCCCUUUCCACAGUGCUGUCCACAGCCACAGGUAACUUCCUCAACCGCCUGGUCCCUGCUGGGACCUGGAAGCCAGGAACAGUGGGCAACAUCUCCCACGUGGCUGAAGGGGACAAGCCCCAGCACAGAGCCACCAUCUGCUUGAGCAAGAUGGAUAUUGCCUGGGUCAUCCUAGCCAUCAGUGUGCCCAUCUCUUCCUGCUCCGUCCUGUUGACAGUGUGCUGCAUGAGGAGGAAGAAGAAGACGGCCAACCCGGAGAAUAACCUGAGCUACUGGAACAACGCCAUCACCAUGGACUACUUCAACAGGCAUGCGGUGGAGCUCCCGAGGGAGAUCCAGUCCCUGGAGACCUCAGAGGACCAGCUCUCAGAGCCCCGCUCCCCAGCCAAUGGCGACUAUCGAGACACUGGGAUGGUCCUUGUGAACCCCUUCUGCCAGGAAACACUGUUCGUGGGAACCGAUCAAGUUUCUGAGAUCUAGAUGCAGCAGCCUCUGCGUUGCCACUCCCUAUUUUUUGUCUCUAAAUUAUAAAUAUACAAAUAUAUAUAUUAUAAAUAUAACCUUUGUGUAACCCUGACUUAAUAAGAAACAUUUUCAGCUUUUUUUCUUAAGAAUUGUCAACAUCUUUUUUACAAGUGUGGUUUAAAAAAAAAAUUUACAGAAUGACCCAUGGCUUUAUAAAAUAAAGGUAUUUCUAAGCAAA